CUACUUAGACAUGCGGUGGGAGCACACCACAAGCGCAGUCAGAGGAAGGAAGCAUGCACUGCAUCUACCAUUCAAUUAUGCAUCAUUCUAUCAUUCUAUGUCUAUGUAUAUAACCACCCUUCCAAACCCACUUUGCAACAUCCAUCAAAGCCUUUUCUUUCGUUGCUACUACUUCACUUUCAUUCUUUGCUUCAGAAAAUUAGCUAGCUAGCUAUCUAGGAUGGUGAGUGUUGAAGAGAUCCGUCAGGCACAACGUGCAGAAGGCCCUGCCACUGUCAUGGCUAUUGGCACCGCCACUCCUCCCAACUGCGUCGAUCAGAGUACCUAUCCUGACUAUUACUUCCGCAUCACCAACAGCGAGCACAUGACUGAGCUCAAAGAAAAGUUCAAGCGCAUGUGUGAUAAGUCAAUGAUUAAGAAGCGAUACAUGUACUUAAAUGAAGAGAUCCUGAAGGAGAAUCCGAGUGUUUGUGCAUAUAUGGCACCUUCAUUGGAUGCAAGGCAAGACAUGGUGGUUGUGGAGGUACCAAAGUUGGGAAAAGAGGCUGCAACUAAGGCAAUCAAGGAAUGGGGUCAACCCAAGUCCAAGAUUACCCAUCUCAUUUUUUGCACCACCAGCGGUGUCGACAUGCCUGGUGCUGAUUACCAGCUCACUAAACUACUGGGCCUUCGUCCCUCCGUCAAGCGUUACAUGAUGUACCAACAAGGCUGCUUUGCCGGUGGCACGGUGCUUCGUCUGGCCAAAGACCUCGCCGAAAACAACAAGGGUGCUCGCGUGCUUGUGGUUUGUUCUGAGAUCACUGCAGUGACGUUCCGUGGCCCAACUGACACCCAUCUUGAUAGCCUUGUGGGUCAAGCCUUGUUUGGAGAUGGUGCAGCUGCUGUCAUUGUUGGAUCAGACCCCUUACCAGUUGAAAAGCCUUUGUUUCAGCUUGUUUGGACUGCACAGACAAUCCUUCCAGACAGUGAAGGGGCUAUUGAUGGCCACCUUCGAGAAGUUGGACUCACUUUCCAUCUCCUCAAGGAUGUUCCUGGACUCAUCUCUAAGAAUAUCGAAAAGGCCUUAGUUGAAGCCUUCCAACCCUUGGGAAUCUCUGAUUACAACUCUAUCUUCUGGAUUGCACACCCUGGUGGACCGGCAAUUUUAGACCAAGUCGAGGCUAAGUUAGGCUUGAAGCCUGAAAAAAUGGAAGCUACUAGACAUGUGCUCAGCGAGUAUGGUAAUAUGUCAAGUGCAUGUGUGUUAUUCAUCUUGGAUCAGAUGAGGAAGAAGUCUAUAGAAAAUGGACUUGGCACAACUGGUGAAGGCCUUGAUUGGGGUGUGCUCUUUGGUUUUGGCCCUGGACUCACUGUUGAGACGGUUGUGCUCCGCAGUGUCAGUGUCUAAUCAGUAAUCAUAUUUUGUCAAGACAACAAAUCUUUCUUUUUUCAUAUGUAUUGUUGGCUGAUCAAGGCUUAUUCUGUCUUUUGAUUUUUUUUCCCUGCCCUGCCUUCAUCAAAUGCUUCUUUUUGUAUACCAAUAAAUAAGAACUUGUUUUACUAUUAAUUCAUUUAAGCUUACACACAAGUAAUCUAUAUAUGCAGUUGCAAAGUGAA